GGUCUUGAAUGCAUGAACGGAACAAUAGACAGCAUUAGGACCCGGAGAUGCGGAAGGCGUCCUCCUCCUGCGUCUCAUUAUCCAUUAAUUUGACAGCCUGCGCUGACGACCAGUUAGAGGAAAGGAUGCGAGGAGGAGGCGGCUUCAGUGCGGCGUGCCGAACUUUUCUAACAUUUCGUGGCUGUUUGUGAGAUAACAGAGAUUCACUGCGAUGUCUGUCAAGCACAGCUGCCGGGUUUUUGACACAUUUUCAACCGGAUAUCUGAUCUCGAGCUGGCGUCUGGAUUAUUCCUGCUGUGUUUUGUUGACGGUUGAUGAAUCAGUUUAACGGAUCGAUCUGAUAAGAUUCAGCGGACUGAGGGGUCACAUCCUGACUUUCUUUUUUCUCCCUCUCAUUUUGAAACUGUUGGUGCUGCUUAAGGUAGGCACACCGGGCUUAAAGUGGAGACUGGGGACGCACACGUGUAGGCUGCCUUCUUCAUUUGGCUCAUCGAUCCCUCAUCUCUUUCUCUCUCUCUCUCUGUAUAAAAGUUGGUUUCCUGUUUGGAGCAGCGUUCAGAUAAAGUGAGAGACGACAUGUCGCUAAGCAGAAGUAUUGAAUUUGAACACUUUGAGGAACGAGACAAGCCUCACCGGCCACCGAGGACCAAUUCGGGCUCCGGGUCUCAAUGUGGCUCUAGAGGUAACGGGCUGGUGCCAAGCCCCGCGCACAGUGCGCAUUGUAGUUUCUACCGCACACGCACUCUCCAGUCCCUCACCUCCGAGAAAAAGGCCAGGAAGGUGCGCUUUUAUCGCAAUGGUGACAAGUAUUUCAAAGGUUUGGUGUACGCCGUGUCUAACGACCGAUUCAGAUCCCUGGAUGCCCUGCUCAUGGAGCUCACACGGUCCCUGUCAGACAACGUCAACCUUCCGCAAGGAGUCCGGACGUUGUACACGGUCGAUGGGGGCAGGAAGAUCACCAGCCUGGAUGAGUUAGUAGAGGGAGAGAGUUACGUGUGCGCCUCCAAUGAACCCUUCCGACGUGUCGACUACACCAAGAACGUGAACCCCAACUGGUCAGUGGGCAGCAAGACCAGCACAUCGCGCUCCCUCCCGUCUCUCUUCCCACUGAAGAGUGAGCUGCAGAGGGAAUCUAAGGACUUCAUCAAACCCAAGUUAGUCACAGUCAUCCGCAGCGGCGUCAAGCCCCGCAAGGCCGUUCGGAUACUGCUCAAUAAGAAAACUGCACACUCCUUUGAGCAGGUGCUCACCGACAUCACAGACGCUAUCAAGUUGGACUCUGGCGCAGUGAGGAGACUGUACACACUGGAAGGCAAGCAGAUUACUUGCCUGCAGGACUUCUUCGGGGAUGAUGAUGUCUUCAUAGCGUGCGGACCAGAGAAGUUUCGCUAUGCCCAAGACGACUUUGUGCUGGAUCACAGUGGUAAGGCUUCCACAGCCUUUACAACUGAAUGCAGAGUGCUAAAGUCGUCAUACAGCCGCUCUGCUACUCCAAACCGGACGGCUAAAAGCCCUGGAGUUUCACGGCGCAGCAAGUCCCCCGGUGCAGCAAGGCGACCUGCCCACUUCUCCACCACACAGUCCCCAGUCAAGUCCCCAGUAAAUGGUAUUUCAACCCACAAGUCCACCAAGUCCUCUACUCCAUCCCCUACCAGCCCUCGAACCACCCCCAGUUUUAAGAUCCCUCCGUCACAUCACCACUCUUCCCCAAAUAUAAAUGGCUCGUUGAACAAUCAUCAGGAGCAAACCAAUCAGCUGAGUCCAGAAGUUAAUGGGAACCAGCACUCGCAUGCCUCAAGCAUCUGUGAAAAAUACAAGAUUGGCAAAGUCAUCGGAGAUGGCAACUUUGCUGUGGUCAAAGAUUGUGUGGAGAGGUCCACGGGGAAAGAGUUUGCCCUGAAGAUUAUCGACAAGACAAAGUGCAGCGGAAAGGAGCACCUCAUAGAAAAUGAAGUCGCUGUGCUCCGGAAGGUGAAACAUCCCAACAUCAUCAUGUUGAUCGAGGAGGUGGACACUCCCUCUGAACUAUACCUGGUUAUGGAGCUGGUGAAGGGAGGCGAUUUAUUUGACGCCAUCACCUCCUCAGCCAAAUACACAGAGAGAGACGCCAGUAUCAUGGUGUACAACCUCGCCGGAGCGCUGAAGUACCUACACAGCUUGAACAUCGUCCACAGAGACAUUAAACCAGAGAAUCUACUGGUUUUUGAGUACCCAGAUGGCACCAAAUCACUGAAACUUGGAGACUUUGGCCUAGCUACAGUAGUCGAGGGCCCCUUGUAUACUGUAUGUGGCACUCCUACAUAUGUGGCUCCAGAAAUCAUCGCUGAGUCAGGUUAUGGCCUGAAGGUGGAUAUCUGGGCCGCAGGUGUCAUCACCUACAUCCUCCUGUGUGGAUUCCCUCCUUUUAGAAGUGAGAAUAACCAGCAAGAGGACUUAUUUGACCAAAUCCUUCGAGGGCGACUGGACUUUCCCAGUCCUUACUGGGACAACAUCACUGACUCGGCUAAGGAGCUGAUUGGAAAGAUGCUGCAGGUCAACGCUGAGGCUCGAUACACAGCACAAGAUGUUCUCUUACAUCCAUGGGUCACGGAUGAUGCAAUCAUGGAGAAUAACAUGAAGAUGGAGGUGACAGGUAAACUGAGGACGCACUUUAACACCGCGCCAAAGCACAGCACCACCACAGCCGGGGUGUCAGUCAUCAUGAACACAGCGCUAGAUAAGGAGACCCUUCAGCUCACGGCCCGUUGUUGUCCAGGGCCACAAGCGGUGUCAUGUUCGCCCCUGUUGCAUGGCACUGAAGUCCCAUCUGCUCUUCCGGACCAGUCGGCGUCACCAUUUGCCAAAGUACCCAAAUCUAACGAGCUGGCUUCACCAGAAACAGCUAGGCCUGAUACUACGUCCAAAUCUACACCCCCCCACUCCGAUUCUCCGAAUGACAGCCACACAUUAGCUGCUAAGCUUGACCUGCUCGCCUCUGCUCCUUUAAGUUCACUUCAGUUUUCUCCUUCACCCUCUGUUGAAACUUGUCCCAUCAACUCUUUGCUCAUUUCUUCUCCGCCACAAAUAGAAACCUCCCCAACUGCUGCCCCCUGCUCGUCUUUAGAGUCUACCUCACCCUCGUGUCCUCCUGCUGUUCUCGCAUGCAUAGCUCCCUCUGCACCCAUCUCCCGUCCUUUCCCGGCAUCUCCGACCGAACUGGCCACAAAUGCCUCCUCUGCUUGUCCUACCAAACAAGCAGCAUCUCAGCCUUCCUCACCCACUGUCUCCCCGAUCCAGCCCGUUGUGUUAUUCCCUCUCUCAUCCCCAACAAAAUGUGAGCCUUCCUCCCCCUCACCUAUCCAUCCAACCCUGUUUCCCUCUCCUCCUUCCACACCUCGUAGGUCCACCACCCCACCCUCUCCUUUUUGCCCUCCUUCUCCCAUCCCUUUAACUGCAGAAGAACUUAUGGAGAAGCUCUAAACACUCUCUUAUCCCCACGUCUCCUGUUUCCCAUGAACAUGAACAGAAACCAUAGGAUAAAACAUCUCAAUUAGCAUUUCCUGGUAGAUGUAAACUGAGCCAGUGACCGCUGUGUCCACGCCUUUUCCCCUCAUAUUCUUUUCCCGCUCAUUUUAUUAGACAAAGGAUAUGAGGCAUUUUCUGGAAUCUGUUGAUUGUAUAUAUGUUUUUAUUUAUUACUUGAGGAUGUUGAAAGGGAAUGAACUGAAUAUUGUUCUUCUGAGUGGUUCGUCUUUUGAAUUCAUACACUACUUAGUCAGAUUUCUUGUUUUAGCUUCCCAUUUGAAUUCCCCGGGGCCCCUUUGUAAAGGGUUAUUCAGUACAAACGCAUAGCAAACUCCUAUUGCUUUAGCAGAGAGGCUACUGUGUGUGAUUCUGUAUGCGUUUUUCAAUCACUUCACCAUAUCGAAGUCCCAAAUUUGCUAGCCUGUCUACCUGUAGUAAAGUCAUCCUGAUGAUAGUGGCCACUUUUCAUGCAUUGUAUGCAGUGUGUCGACAAAAUAAAGGUGAUAUCUGCCAAAGUAGCACAUUGCUAAGGAGUCAGAGAGUGUUUUAAACAGCUUUAGCUCCACGUAUGUGUUUGCGUGUAAAAUUGGGAAUUAUCAGAUCUGCUAAAGUUGAAAGAAAUGGCUGUUCACACGCAAUUUUGAAGCUACGUCUACAGUAACAUCCAAAUGACCUCUAGUGCAGCAGUUCCCCAAAUAUUGUGUUCUGCAAUUCUUCCAAAAGUGAGAAAUGCUGCAAAAAUUUGUUGGUUUUUUUUUUUGUGAGCACAAAGUAUAAUUCUACCCUUCAUGAUGGACUGGAGACAGACGUGUGAUGGACAUCUAAAAACAGCUAGCUAAAGGUCAUUGCAUGUCCAGGCACUACUGAAGGAAAGUAAUGUACUCCGCACGUGUAGUUGAGUCAUUAAAGUCUCUUUGUUUGAGUAGACGACUGCAACUUUUCACUCAUACGCUUUAUUUGUAUGUAGUGUGCUGAACUACAGCUGUGAGUACAUGUAAAGAGAAGAAAGAACCAACAGAUGUUAAACCGAACUGCACGGUAACUUUUAAUGAACCGAAACUCUUAAUACAAACGGCUCUCAGACGUGACUGUACUGUACAGGAAAAACAUACUUGCUGGUAUAAUUUCUCCGGUCACCACUAUGCCAUGAGCUACGCACACUCGAAGGCCACUUUGUUAGGUACACUUGUUAAAAUGCUGCAAUUGACAAUUUGUCAGGUUUGAGUCUUGAUUGUUAUUACAUCUUGCCUGAUGUGGUAUUAAUGGACUUGUUUGAGACUCUGGAUGAGAGUCAACAGCUUUAAAAAAAAAAAAAAUAUUUAUUUUUUUUAAAUGACGAGAAAAAUAUGCCCUCCAUACUGUACAAUAAUAUUUUAAAAAACUAAAACUAACACUGAAACUCAUCAAAACUAAAGUAAAAUGAAACAUUUUCAAACGAUAAAAGCUAAACUGAAGGUGGCGCAGUGGUUAGCACUGUUGCCUCACAGCAAGAAGGUCCCAAGUUUGAUUCCAAAGGGGCCCGGGUCUUUCUGUGUCUGUGUGGGAUCUCUCCCAGUACUCUGACUUCCUCCCACAGUCCAAAUACAUGCAGUUAGUGGUGUUAGGUUAAUGAUUCUUAAAUUGGUGCCUGUAGGUGUGAAUGUCCAACCAGUAAGGUGUACCUAAAAAAGUGUCCAGUGAGAGUAAAACUACAUGUUCUGUUGGAUUUAAAGGAAUGAUUAUCCUGUUAUGAUUAUUGAGUUUGGACUCAAUCACAGGCCAACAGCUUAUAGAUUACCUUCAUCAAAACCAGAUCUCACUCUCUGCAGCAUAAAAACAAAUAAAGUGACCUGUUUAGUCCUCGUUCUUAACUCCAUAGCUGUUGUCAGCAGAGCCAAAUCCUCUGCUGGUUUAGCACGAUUCUUUUCACUGCAUGAAUACUUUCUGUUCACAAAUUCAAGUUGCUACAUGGCCUAAUUUUUCUCCUAUGUACUGUAUAUGUAGUCAGAGUAGAUUUUCAUGCUUUGUUUUAACAGUUUGUAAAGCAAAAACUGUAUGAGAAGAGCAAAUGUAUCAGUGGUUUUUAUGAGGCAGAGUGGUUGCUUUUAAUGUCCCAUUAUUUUAGAGCGGUUCAGCAAUAAAGACUUGA